GGCUCAGAGGCGCUCUGGUUCCAUUCACUCCAGAGUCCUGCUCAGCUGAAGACCUGCUGCUGCUCCGGACAGACAACAGGACAACUCUCUGAGGACAUCUGCUCUCCUGGAUUAUUUUCACUGGCGACAGUUAGAGAAGUCUGACUCCUGAAACUUUGUCCAGAGACAAGGAGCCGUUUGUUCCUCUGCAGCUCCUUAAACUGGCUGAAGUUUGCGCUCUCAGAAGGUGAAGGACAAGUGCAAUGCGCGUCUCUCUGGAUUGUCUCCUUUGAGGAACUAUGUGGAGCUGCAGCUCAGAGCUUGUUCAGGAGGACCGAUGUGAGUAACCAGACCCAGCGUCCAGCCUGUCAGCCUUCCUGCAGCCCGGUGUCCGCCUGUGCUGCUCGGACACUCCGGUUUGUGUCCCUGAGGGGAUGGUUGUGGAUCCUCCGGGGCCAGGAGCGACUCUGGGGCUCCGACACCGCAGCAGCAGCUUUCUCGUGUCUGGGGUUGAUUCUGAAUUAAAGGGAAAUGAGAGCCGCACUUUGCUCCUUCCUGCUGUGGACGACGUACCUGCUGCUGGUCACCGCUGAGGAAGUGGAGUUUCCCCAGGAGCUGAUAGACCGACUGUCCCACAGUGAGAUCCACAGCAUCAGCGACCUCCAGCGGCUCCUGGAGAUUGACUCCGUAGGAAACGAUGUCAUCGAGGAGGGGAAGUACCGCAAACACCACAACCACCACAAGAACUUCUCUCAGUCACAUGGUUACUACAACGACCUGAAGAGUUCCCAGCUCCACAGCCGGCGCAAGAGGAGCAUGGUAAUAGAGGAGGCAGUCCCGGCGGUGUGUAAGACACGGACGUGAUCUAUGAGAUUCCCGAGCCAGGUGGAUCCCACGUCGGCCAACUUCCAAUGGCCGCCCUGUGUGGAGGUGAAGCGCUGCAGCUGCUGCAACACCAGCAACAUGCGCUGCCACCCGUCCCGCAAGCACCACCGCACCGUUAAGGUAGCCAAGGUGGAGUACGUGAGGAGGAGACCCAAGCUGAAGGAGGUCUUUGUGCGGUUAGAAGACCACCUGGAGUGUGUGUGCACGUCACAGCAUCACGUGGUAGAGCACUCGGAUGCAGAAACAGGCCACCGUAGGGCUAAAGGUAAAAAAAGGAAACCUAAAAAGCUAAGGCCCAGCAAGGAUUUAUUGGUGACAUAAUAAAGUUGCGCUCAUUACCCAAAGUCCACUGGAGAGCUGUGAAGGGAACAGUGGAUGUGAGGUGAGACCAAGUCAGAACUUCAAGGGACGUCAGCGUGGGAAGGACCUGAGCAUGGAGGACGCCGCCGACGGGACGCCUGCUCCGUCCUCCUCCCCGCUGUUAUGCAACCUUCGUUUAAAAACCAACUAACUGUUCUGUAAAGUGGAGAGACUGAGAAAUAGACAGCAGACGAAAAUCAAUAAGAUGCCAAAGGUGCUUUUUAACAACUAAACGGUGACCAGUGACGAUGGUUUCCACAGACGACUGAACUGUGCCGCUGAUGAAGAGGAAAAGAUGCUGUGGAGCUCAGCGGGGAGAUGAUGAAAGGGAUACGUGUUGAACAUUUUCACUGACUUUGUUUGAAUGAGACUCACAGCAGAAACGCUACUAAACAGCUGGAUCGUUCUUUCACUGGAAUCCGACUCAACACAAGAGCCCUGCCUCGUUUAAUGACUCUGCACACACAGGAAGGAAGAGAGACACAGAAAAAACAGUGGAGUAAAGAAGAGACGGAUGGAGAGCGUUUUAUUUCUUCAAAAGACUCUCUGUGGAGCUUCAGACUUUAAGAGUCACUGGACGAUCACUGACAGAAGAGUUAAGCUUCUCUGGUUGUCUGGGACUCUGCUAUGUACAGUUCAGUUUGAAAAAGAAAGAUGCGCCACUACUUACAAACUAUUUAUAUGUGUGGACAUUUGCUUUCUGCCUCCUCCAGUACAAGAGAAAGAACAAAAAGGUGUUUUUAUUGUUGAGUCCUGUGUGGUCUGGUUCUGUGCAGCCGUCAGCAUCACAAUCUCAGUGUCAUUUUUUCUAGUCAGCCAUGUUUCUUAUUAUAUUACAGUAUAUCUGAUUGAUGUCAAGUCUUGUAUAUGGUUUGGAUAUAUGUGUGCAAGGAGGAGAUGUGAGAGUCAGUACAGGAAGAUGCUUUAUUUUUGUUAUGAAAUAUAUUAUGCAUACUUAUAUUCAAGCAGGAAUUAUGUUUGUUUCUUUGUUGUGGUUGAAUGUCUGUAUUUAAUCCAUUGGAGAAAAAAAUGUGGACAGGCGUGGAGCGGCUCGGACGUAAUGAGCGGUGGUGUUCUGUAGCUUUGGUCCAGUCCUGUGAAGAGUGUGAAUCCCCGUCACAGAAUCACAGCAGCUGAAGGUGGCUGGCUGAGGCGGGAUGUGUGCUUCCAGCGUCUCUGAGGCCAUUUUUCAUCCAUAUCGCUGUGGUGAUAAGGAAGAUGCCCGCCCAGUCUGCUUCACGAGCACACAUGUUGUUCCUGCAGGAGAGCAAAGUCCAGCUGAGAGUCUGAAUGAGACGAGAGCAAACGGACGAGUGAAUGAAUGGGCCCCUUGUUGUUUCAGCCUUUACCUUUCCAGGAGAACAAACCUCUGAUCGCUCCACCCGCUGUACUCACACAACCAUCAGCACAACUCCGGUUCCUUCCCACCGCUUCAUGUGAUGAACGUGUAACCAGGGCAACAACAGCAGCCCUCUGCACCCCGCGGUACAAUCAGGACGUCUGACUGGCGUGUUUCAAACAGACGAAGGUGAAGGAGUUUAAAGUGAAUCAAGUGAAAGUCACACGAGAAGAGUUUGAGGGAAGCGUGUGUGAGCUGUGGACGUGACACCCACAGCCCACCUGACAGUCCUGCUCUGGUGCUAAACCUGUCAGGCUGAACUUUCUGUUCACAUCCAAACGCUGUUAAAUCAGGGACCAUGAGCUGUUUGAGUAGACACACCAUGCAUUCUGCUUUAAACCUCUAUUACUUCACUUUGAGCUUCCAUUGGAUAAAGACGGCAACAAUCAUAAUUUAUAUAUUUAUGUUUUCAACAAUAAAUAUAUUUCUGCUGAUGAAACUGUC